ACCCUUCAUCUCACACUAUCGCUUUUCAUCCAUUUUCUUUUCCUCUCUCAACCUUGAUCCUCAAGCACCUAGGGAAUUGUUCCAUAUUUUUUAAGCCCUUUUUAUGCUAACUUUCACUUAAUCAUCAAUUGUUUUAUUCCCAUGUGUUGUUGGUCUUUUCCUUCAUUUUUAUUUUGCCUAUAAUUUGUUCCUCUUGCCUAUUCUAUUAACCUAGCUAUCUCCAAUUUGGCUAUAUUUUUCUCUUUUGGCUUUUACCAACAAAUUUGAUUUCCUUCAACUAUGGUUAAUACCAUAUCAUCCACAACCAACAGCAACUUCUAUCAUCAGUUGCAUACUUUCAACUAUGAUGACAGCAACAAUAAUCACCUCUAUGAUGCCACUUUCUCUCCAUAUUUGAAUGGCAACAAUGAAGGGACCACUAUUGUAGGAAGGCUUGGUGAACCAAGCCAAAAGCUUAACCCUUUGAAGUCCCCUCUUCAAAAGCUAGAAAAGAAAGAAGAAAAUGGAGAAAUAGGAGUGUUUGGUGCUGAAAAAUACUUCAAUGUGGAAGUUGAGACCCCAAGAUCUACCACCAGCAGCAUAGCCACUCCAAAGUACCUGCACCGCCAGAGAGAUGAACCAAUGGCUAUAAUAGCAACUAGAAAGCACGGACUUCCUUAUGGAACUCCAAGCAUUCGAUCUGAAUCAACAACUUGCAACAGCCAAAGUGCACUACUUCAAAGUGGAAUGAUGAUGAGGAAUUCUUUAAGAAACAAAAAGGACAACAACAAGAAGGGUCAUCAAGCCAAGAGUGUGCUAGCUGGCCUUAGCUUCAAAUGCUCUUGUUCUGACAAGGAUUCUGUUGAUGCAGGUGAAAUCAGUUUCAGCAAACCUGCCACUUAUGGUGCAGUUCAUGACAAAAAAACUAGAAGAAAGCUUGUGGAUAUUGCUGCUCUUGAUGCUAGCCAUUCAAUCAAAAUAAGCAAGCCUAAUGCAGAACUCUUGAAAAUCAACAAUGUUUACUUCCAAACGCAAGAGGGUACUUUUGGGAAUAGGCAAAAAAGCAGCUUGGCAUUCUCACCCUUGAGUUCUGCCUCAGGAAACCAAAACCAUAUUCUUGUCACCAAAAUGCAACAACAACAACUAGAUGAAGUAGUAGAAGCUGAGAAGCCAAGAAACUCAAUAGAGGUGUUUGGCUCCCCAACAAUACUGAAAAACAAGCUCAAGUCAUUGAGCUUUGAUAGAACCACAACAAGGUUUGCAAUGGCCUCAUCAAGAGAUGGCACUCCUAGACUAUUAUUGGAGGAAAUUGAUCACUCAAACUACAUCAAUGAUGCUGCUAGUGAUGCAAGUUCAGACUUGUUUGAGAUUGAGAGCAUAAAGAGCAAAACCAACCCUUUUCUUGCAAGGCAAACAUCAGAUGCUGCUGCUUCAAGCUGUGUGAGCCCCACAAAUGGCUACGCACCAAGUGAGGCUAGCAUAGAGUGGAGUGUGGCCACUGCCAGUGCUGCAGUUAUGUCAGACUGUGAAGAACAGAUGUCUGAGGUAACCAUAAGAAGUCCAAUAAGAACAACAACUAAAACAACAUUUGCUAAUGGAAAAGCAAAAUCUACCACCAAAGAAGUUCAGAGAAUUAGGCGCCCUAGCAUGUUGUUGGGUUGCAAGAACCACAAAUCUGUUAGAGUUGCUGGUGAUGCUUAUAUAACAUAUGAGAAUCCAAGUUCUACACCAAAACUUAGGAGCAGAACUAAUAGUUCCUCUCAAGUGGCAAGGUUUCCUUCAGAGACAAAACUGGGAAAUUUUGGUGCAAAACAUGGACAACAUCAUCAUCAUGCUUAUGCCACACCAUCACCACUGCAGCACUCUCACUCACCACAUGCCUCAAAACUACUUUACAUUUAGCACUAGUUUGAGAUAUUUUUUGGUUUUGGAACUUGUUCAAUUAUGUUAAGUUUGAGUAUAUGGAAAAAGUGAGAGAAAAAAAGCAAAGUGUGCAUCUUAUGGGCUUAAAAUUCCCACGUCAAAAGUAGGGUUAAGGUGUCUCUUGUGUACUACUAUACUACCAUAUCCCUUUUAGUAAUCUUGCUGUAUUUUUCUGUUGGCUUUUGAUUGAUAUCAUAUAUUUUUUUUUUUCAUUCCGAUUUUGCAGUUUCUGGUUAAGAGAAAGUGAUGAAGAAAAUGGAUGUUUUUUGUAGUCGUGCUUUUGGUCUCAUAAAAAGAAAGGGAUGUGAAAGUUUUUAUGCA